GCAAGAGGGAAAGCAUUUGACUGCAGACUCUCGAAGAGAACCGGCUUUAUAUACGGCUAUAUUUAGGAUAGACUAGUGCGUAUUUCCAGCCAGAACGCGUUUCCUCCGCUGUGUAGCCUACAAUUGGUCCAGCUUUUCAGCUACAAUAUUUAUAAGGUAGAAACUCCAACCUAUCAAACUAGCACAUGACUGAAACUGCCUCUCAAGAAAGAAGCAUUACUUUAGGGCUAUUAUAGGCUGCUAAAGAUUUCUCGAGUGGACUCUACAUCGCUUUUGCUGAUAGACAGAGAAAAAGUUUUAUCAAAGAAAGACGAUAACUUUUUUUGCCAUUACAACGUAUGGAAAUGGCCUCAACUGGGACCAUUUUACCAUCCAUCUCCACAUUUGCAAACCAACGGGAAAAAUGUUGGGAGAAUAGGUGGAAGGACGACAUGAAUAGAAGUGUCGGCUCCAGCUGUGCCGUAGGUGACGGCGGCAUGGCCAACUGUCUGACCAGAAAAGACGACGAAGAUCUGGCUAAAUUCCUUGAUCUGGAUUUUAUCCUCGCUAAUACUGCCAGCACAGACAGCGCACCAGGCUCCGGGACCGGGGCUGGACUACAGGGAGAGUACAGCAUAUACGGGAUGCCCCAGUCAGCCUACUCCUCUCUGCCCGACAUGAGCAGCCCUCCUCCACCCUACAACAACAGCCUGAUGGAGCUCCUCCGCUCCGAGGUGGACACCAACUUCUGCCACCAGCUGCCCGGAAACAACAGCAACAUCAACAGCAGGUUCCUUGUCCGCUCCUCUCCGUUUACCCCUCAGGACUUUGCAGAGGGCAUCAAGGUGGAGCCCAGCAUGGACGGUUAUGGACCUGUUAUUGGCAUGGUCCCUCAGAGCUGUCCUAAAAUUAAGCAGGAGGGCAACGUAUCCUGCAUGAUGUCGUACGAGCAGCCCAGGCUGGCCAACUCCCCGCAGGCAGCGGGGAACAUGACCCCGCCACUCAGCCCGGAUGACCUGAUGAGCUCCGACUGCCAGACCCAGCUUUGCCACUCCAUGACUUUCCCCCAGAGCUACCGCUCAGCAGCGGGAUACCCACACCCCCACUCUGCCCCGGCCCCGCAGAUGCAGCUCCCGUACCAGAGCGCACACCAGUUCGGUUUGUACGAGGACGGGAUGGCCAUGCAGCCCCCUAGCCAGAGGGUUCUGCUCACCCCACCGUCCUCUCCGCUGGAGAUCAUGGACACAAAGCCAAAGAGAGGUCGCAGGUCCUGGCCGAGGAAGCGGACGGCAACGCAUACCUGCACCUUUGCUGGAUGUGGCAAAACCUAUACGAAGAGCUCGCACUUAAAAGCGCACCACAGAACUCACACCGGCGAGAAGCCAUACUGUUGCAGUUGGGAGGGUUGCGGCUGGAAGUUCGCCCGCUCCGAUGAGUUGACUCGCCACUUCCGCAAGCACACCGGCCACAGACCGUUCCAGUGCCACCUUUGCGAACGCGCCUUCUCGAGGUCCGAUCACCUCGCUCUGCACAUGAAGCGACACAUGUGAGGAAUCACAUACGAUUAAGGGACUAUGCAACAGAGACAACCCGAGAACCUAGACAGUUGUCUCCAAAAUGUGUAUUUUUCUUUACUUUCUGUUUAUUUAAAGUUACUUUGGAAUAGGAAAACAGCAUGACCACGUAGUCACACUUGACAAAAUAUCGGAAUUCUCUAUGCAAACAUAUUUUUGAACUGUGUAGCUGGUACUACUGUUUAUAUCGAGUAAUAUUUGGGCUUUAAAGGUGCAUUCCACGGUGUUACCAUCAGCACAGCAGGCUGGCCCUAUGCACGUACCUCUGACGUAACUGGAAUCAGACAAUCAACUUAACAGCAGCAAACUGUUUCCCAUUAUGUAUUUUGGUAGUCACUGAUAGUGCCUUGAUGCCUUUUAUAACAUAUAUGCAUCUUACGAGUGCCAUAUUUUCUACUGGCUAAAACAAUCAAAUGUUUAUGUUAUGACUGUAGACAGCAGAUGAGAUAAGCUUCCAGACAAUGUUUUUGAUCUAAAACUGCCUUCCGGUCUUCUUUCUGAAGCUUGAAUUGAAUGUUCUGUGUGUGCAUAUAUCUGUUAAGUUACAUUCGAAGUCAGGGUCUUAAACUAUUGAACUGCAUGUCAGACUGUCCAUCUCAAUGUGACACGAUUGUCAAAGGGCUAGCUUUCUUUGGCGUUAAGACUUGUGCUGUUCUGUGCCUCUGUAAAUGCAUAACUGCCAUGUAAAUAUAUCUUUUAUAUAAUGUAAAUAGUUUAUUUUAUUGUACAUAUUAAAAUAACAGAACAACGUAA